CAACAACCAAUGCCGAGGCUCGGCGUGUGUGUGUGUUAACCUCCCCUCUGCUACCGAUUACUUAAUCGUGAAUCGAUGGUGGGAUAUAUCUGUGUUUGGACAUACGCCGUUUGUUUGUGCGCAAACAUAAACCCAUCGACUCUAAUUUGCGCUGACAUUGACGCAUCGUGUCCCAGUACAUCGCGCUAUGCUGUGCACCGAAAAUGCCGAACCGGCGGACAGGUUUGUUGGCCUAAUGACCUGAUGUGGGGCCAUAAAAAUGAAGCCACUGAUGCGAUCGAAUCCUGCCCGACCAGCGGGCUUCGCUUGAACUCAUCUUGAAGACAAUUAAACUUCUAUCAAACGCGGAUCUAACGGCGAGCGCACGCAAGCUUGCGAUGAGGUUUGUAAAAUAUUCCAAGGCUAACCGGUAUUUCCAUAGUACGAUCCUCCGACGUCCGGAACUCCUCGGCUCGGGCGUUCUGUGACAUCUUCUAAUAGGGAGAAAACCCACUGUAUGUCUGUGUGGUGCUGUGUCGUGUGAAGCCUCAUCUAUCUCCCAAGUCUCCUCCUACCCGGCUCCAAGAACAUAGUAUCGUUCCACCACUUUACGACUCACUCUGAUGGGGCGCGUUAGCCACUUCGCGGGACUACCGGCUGCCUCCCUACGGUUGACUUGUGUGACCUCUUCACUUUCGCUGCCGCCAGGCCGCGCUUGGCGCUUGUUUGGUGUGAGCCGUUCGUGACUUGUCGCGGGAUGAGCCACGGAGGAUAUCGUCAGCUUAUAUCAUUCGCGUACGGUGCCGUGUGUCGUGCAGUUCAUCUCGCCGAGCGCUCGACGGUGCGGGAAUUAAUUAAUCAAAUACGGCAUCGAAUCGAACGUUUGUUGUGGUUUGGUGUGUCGGUCAAGGAGUCAAUUGGCAUUAAACAAAAAGGGGGCGAGAUAGAGCUUUGUUCGCCUUCUUUGUGCGGUAAAUGAUAGUGCAGGAUGGUUCGAUUCGUUUGUGUGAUGAACCAGUGACAAGAGUGUUUUUGAAGUGUUAAUUAAAAAUAUAAUUAAUACUCCUCUUAAUUUAAUCGUUUAAGGAUUUAUAGGACAAUCUUUUAAAAUGAUUAAACUGAUGCUCAAAAGACCUUCUGCGAUCAGUCCCCGCUAUGGCAAUUUUCUGUUCGGACUCUUAUGCGGAUGGAUUCUCUCAAGAGCGAUCCAUGUUUGGACAACUUCUGGAUGGAUUACCGCCCCCAAUGCACAAAACAAUUCCCCUGCCUUCAACAUAAGCGAAAGUGUUCGUGUGCUCUGCUGGGUAAUGACCACGCCGGAUAACCACCAGGAAAAGGUGAUCCACAUUCAAGCUACCUGGGGAGCUCGGUGCAACAAACUGCUGAUCAUGAGCUCCGUCGCUGAUCCGUCGAUCGGAAGCAUCGCUCUACCGGUCGAGGAAGGCCGCAAGAGUCUGUGGAAUAAGACGCGAGAAGCAUUUCGGUACAUCUACGAACAUCAUCUCGAGGAGUACGAUUGGUUCUUCAAGGCGGACGACGACACAUACGUCGUGGUGGAGAAUCUGCGCUACUUUCUGUAUCCGUAUUCACCGCAGUUGCCGAUCUAUUUCGGGAGUAAGUUCCGCUAUCCGGAGUAUGUGAAGCAAGGAUACUUUUCUGGUGGUGCUGGCUAUGUGCUGAGCCGGGAGGCAGUGAGACGUUUCAACGAACAAGCACUCGGGGAUGUGCAGCACUGUUCGGCGGCCUACGACACGGAGGAUCUUGAAAUGGGAAAAUGCAUGGAAAGUGUGAAUGUAACAGCCGGUGAUUCCAGGGACAGCUUAGGCCGAAAGCGAUUUCUUCCGAUGGAACCUGUGUUUCAUCUCACCAGCUCGGUGACAGAGGAUCCUGACUUUUGGUACAACCAAUACUCGUACUAUGAGCCCUUUUACGGCAAGAACUGUUGCUCGGAUCUGGCUAUCAGCUUCCAUUACGUUCCCGGGAAGCAUAUGCACAUGAUGGACUAUCUGAUUUACGAUCUACACGCGUGGGGCAGGAGAUACCAAAACGCACCACUUGCCAAAGCAAAAACACUCCAAGAAGCGAUGGCCGUUGCUGGACCAUAUCCGAUCAGUACUUUACGGCCAAAAACUGAGAUGAGUGUAGUAUCCACCGUAGGUAUAGAGGAAGUCUCUUCUACGAUAAAACCUUAGUGGAAUAGUGAAGCUGAAUUGUUCAACUAGUCACCUGUACAUGAUUGUAGAAUUAAUGUUGUUUUUCUUGAAUAAAUUUGAUGAAUUCAAAAGUAACUUCUUUUAAAUUGUUUUUUUUUUUUCUUUUUUGAAGCAGAAUUGCACAUCUCCAGCAUGGUAUGACAGUUGUAUGACAGUAGAACAAGAAACGCUUCACGAAAACAACCCAUUGCAUACCUUCAGGCGCAUUUCAACCUGGUGAAGCGUUUCGUUUGAAAUCAAAUUCUCUUUCAGGCUAAAUUUAGUCUCAAUGGUUCGCUUUAAAGCUGUUGAUGACAA